GUUUGAUCGAUCAUUCGCAUGUGUGUUUUCGUUUGGUGAAGAUGGUGGUCAAAGCGACAGAAGUGAAUCCACGUGCCGCCGGCAAAUCCGAUUAUUCCGAAAUGCAGCAGACUACGGUAACUGGCAGUAAAUAUGCCCGGAUACAGAUGGAAACGCUUUCCAAGGCGGAAGAAAAGUCCAUCCUUGUGGCUAAAGAGCUGAAGUUCGUGAAAUCGCUAGCCGGUAACGAUGCGAAAUUGCGCCGCAAAGUGAUGAAAAAUCUUAAAAUUUGGUUGGCAACGCGAAGCCGGAGCACCUUCGCGUUCACCGAUACGGAUUUUCUCCGGCUGUGGAAAGGACUGUUCUAUUGUAUGUGGAUGUCCGAUAAGCCACUUGUCCAGGAAAGUCUCGCAGAUGAAAUUGCCUCGCUGGUGAAGUGCUUCGAGGACAUUUCGGUGGCAUUACAAUAUUUUGGGACGUUUCUAGAAACUAUGUGCAUCGAGUGGUUCGGAAUCGAUCACUGGAGGAUGGACAAAUUCAUGAUGCUCGUUCGUCGCUGUACUCGACAGAUGCUAAUAGUGCUGCACGAAGCUGAAUGGCCAAAAGAUCACGUCAGCGAAUUGAUGAAGCACAUUGAGAGAACUAUUCUCAACCCAGACAAAUCUCCCUUUGGUCUGACGAAACAUUUCGACGAUCUGCUGCUGGAGGAGAUUGCCAAAGUUAGUGAGGGCGAAAUCGAACCGGAAAUUGUACAUAUUAUUGUGAACACUUAUGCCAUUCGUUUGAUCAGUACCAACGAUAUGCGGUUAAUGAAGCACAUCACUUCGAGCAUAUUCCACCCGUUGCUGUAUCAAUCGGAGUUGGGUCAAGAUUAUCAGGAAAAGUUUGAGCUCUGGAAGAAAACUAACUUUGUUACGGGAAAUAUCGAUGACGUUGAUUUUGAUAUUCAGUACGAGCAAGAUGACGAUGCAGAAGGGGAGCAGGACGAUCAGGAUGAGGAGGAGGAGGAUGAAAGUGGUGCUCACACCGGAGAGAAAGUGUAUGAUCCACGUGCUGGACAAGUAGACGUCGAAAUCCACGAGAUUCGGUUCGAUCCGUUGAAAAUUGUCGAAAUGUUUGAGAGCAAUCGCUUUAAACCGUUCGUCACAUCGAAGGGCAAAAAGCAGAUGAAGAUGUUGAUGAGACAGUACAAAAAGUUUUCCGAAGGUAUUUUUCCACUUGGUAUCCAGUCGAUGGAAAGCAUUGCCAAGAAGGACUAUGCCGUUGACAUUGAUGAGCAAGUUGCUGAACUGGAACACUACCAGGAAGAAGUGGUAGGCGAGAAGAUUCCCAAGAAAAAGAAACGAAAGGAAUUGGCAAAGUUGAAGCAGCAACAGACGACAGAGAAGAAUCCCAAAAUCGAUGAAUUAAAUGUUUGGACCGAAACUGACGAGAAUCCAGAAAAUUCCGACCCGAAACCUGCUACAAAAUCCGAUUCCAAAAAGAAAACCCGGAAAAAGGUAUCCAAAGCACAAAUAAAGGAAGAAAAGCUGAGAAAAUUGAAAGUCAAAAGAGAAUCAAAACUAGCUGCCAUAAAACAACAAAAGCAAGAAUCAAAAGUCGUUAAGAAAUCGUCAAAAGUUGUAGCAGAACCGAAACAAGACUUGCCGAAAAAGGUGGAAGUAGUCACACAGAGUGCGCCAAAGGCUGAGCCUAAAAAAACAAAAUCGAAAGCCGCAUUCGAUGUACAUGACGAGUGGUCCGAACCUUUGAAGGAAGGCGAAACGGAAUUUUUCAUUCCGUCGAGGAAAACUAAACUAAAGGAAGCCAACAAACAGAUCAGCGAGGAAUCUUCAUCCCCUUCCCCCAGUAAAUUGAAACAGUCCCUCGUGAAGAAUCCUUUUGCCACCCCGAAAAAUUCAUCCAAAUUGAAAAGGUCAUUGGCAACACCGCAAACAGACGGCCCUUCUGAGAAGAAACGUGUUAAAAUUGCGCUGAACAAAAAUAUCUUCCAGGAUCUGCAUCAGCACAUCCAGCAGGUGAAAAGUUCGCCCAAGGUGCCGUACGAUUCCAGCAAGAAACCGUCGAAGGGAGCCUUGAAACCGAAUCUGAUGCCGAGCCCGAUCAAUCCGUUCUACCGGAAGAAGAUUGGAUUAAAACUGAACGAUACGCUGUAAGCCAGGUGAAGGCAGAAGGCGUAAGUACCUUUGUCAUACCUACACACAUACUUGCAAAGUUCAAUGUACAGUUUUCGCAUAUUUGUUCGUAGUUUAUGGGAGGACAUAAAUUUAAGAUUUUCGAUAGAGA